AUGGCAGAGCUUCCCGAGGAAUACCUCGAUUGGAUGGAGGGAUCCACCAUCAGCUUCUCCGCGUGGCCAGAAGCCCAAUGGGUUCUAGACGAGUUCUUGGGAGGAGAUGCUCGUAUCCUACCUGAGCAUGAAAUCAAAAAUUAUGGGCCUUGUUACGCUACGGCCAAGUUCUCAGUCCACCACGCGGACGAGGGCACUGAGGGUUUUAUCCGCGUCUACCGUCAGAUUCCGUGGAAAGGCACUCACUUCCAACCUGCCGCCCAACGGAGUAAACAGGCCGUCGAGCUUCCGGACUUCGAUGAACUGAAGGCAAUGGAAGCUCUGAAAAACUGCGACGUGGUUGCGCGGGAGCCUCUUACACAGAGGAGGUUUUGGAACUGGACCCGCCCCGAACGCGAUGAAUUUCGGGCCGCCUUCCGCCUCGCGUGGUUGCGUCUUGCUAGCACGCUGUGGACCCACGAUCUCCCGCUUUCCCAAAAGAUCAUUUACGAUGACGAAACCAAGUCUAUCCACUUUGCAGGUUUCCGGGACCCCAGGGUCCACACCACCGCACCGCCCUGGGACCAGAAGAUAAGGGUAAAAUACCGCCUGGCCAAGGUUCCUGCUGUCCGGCGACCUGGCUGGCUUGAUAAAAUUGAGGAAUGGGACUGGUAG